AUGUUCUAUGGAUAUCAGCCCGUGAAAAAGUGGAAGGAAGCCGAGUCUGCACAUGGUUUAAGUGCUGCUGUCUCUGUGGUCAGAUCUUUUAUGUUUGUUGGGAUGGUGUCCAAGUGCUCCGAAGAGAUCAAGAACUACAUCGAGGAGCGCUCGGGUGAGGACCCGCUGGUGAAGGGGGUUCCCGAGGACAAGAACCCCUUCAAGGAGAAGGGAGGCUGUGUCAUCGCUUAG